AUGCAGCAAGCUUAAGCAGAAUUUUGUUAAGGAAAUUUGCUUUUCUUUCAAUAAUACCAAAAUCCAAACGAAUUAGAAAGGCAUAAUUCUUCUACUAAUAAUAACAUGUAUUUAAGCCCAAAUUUUGUGCCUGCAUGUUACAAUUAAAUCUCGUUGGAGCACAGAGCAUCACUUUGCGAAAGCUCUGGGAAGAUGAGCAUUGAGAACGAGCCCAAUGGGAAUCUUUCAAAUCAUUUCAACCCUCGCUCGUUAGACAAAAACAAUCAAGAGGAGCAGAAAGACUAAAGUGAUGCUGACAAUUCAGAAGAACAUAUAAGCUUAGAAAAAAGUUUUGAAAAAAGCCCAAUUUUCAAAAAAUUGAACAUUGUUUUUAACUUAGAUAUUAUUGAUAACUAACUUCAUAAUUUGCCUUAAAAUAAUAUUUUAGUGGACUAAGACAAAGACUAAAAACAAGAGCAGUUGACUCAGCAGGAAAUACAACAAGUGAAUCAAUAAUAAAGAUUACCUCCUCUUACAGAAGAAAAGAGCAGCAUUAUUAGCACAUUUCUAAAUAAUAAAAAUUAAUAAUUCAUGCAAAAUAAGAUUGAAGAAGUAGUUGAAUAAGUGUUUAGCUCAGAUUAAAUUAGUGUUAUAAAUAACUCUAAUAUAAGUAGAAGCGAAGAGGAAGCUUUUCUUAUUAAUUAAGCCUAACAAGAAGAGCAAAAUACCUUCAAUUAAUCAAUAAAAACGAAUAGUUGCUUUUAAAAUUAAAAAUAGUAACAACAACAAAAAGAAAUUGAGUAGCACAGCGAUGAUAUCAGCAACUUCCAUAAUAUUUAUGAAAAAAUGAACAGAAAAAAGAUAAAAAAUAAUAAUGAGUAGGCUGCAGUGUAGCUUCAAUAAAGGUUGCUGGUUGAUGAUAAAAUCAAUAAAAAUCCCCGUUAUCACUCAGCUCAUAUAAAAGAAGAAAAAAAGUAAUCAUUGUAAACACAAUAAAAAAAUUAUUAAAUUAAUUAAAUAUCUAAUUAAUAAGACCAUACUUUAUCUAGUAAACCUUUUUUAAAUAAUCCUCUUUUUAGCUCUAAUAAUUUCUAGUCAAUCCAAUCAAAUCUUCUAAAUCCUACUAUCGAAAUUCCUUCUAAGAUUAGCUCAACCCUUUUUUAAAAUUAAAAUACUCUUUUUGGAGAUAGCCUUAAUUAUCAAAGAGACCACACCAAAAUAAUAAAUUCUUAGUCCAACAAAACAUCACCAAAUAAAAUGUAUGACCCUUUCACAUUCUUGUAAAAGUCACUGGAAAUAAAUCAAACUCUUUAGUAAAAUUUGAAUUAAGUCCAUUCUAUUGAAACGCUAAACUAAAACACAUUUGAUUCCUUGAAAGAAAAAGUAGCUCAAAAUAAUAUUUAAUAUUAGCCUCAAUAAUAACAAAACAAUUUGAAUAAUUAUUAAACAAAAGACUUAUUCGAGCCAUAUUUAAAGAUGUGUAAUUUCUACGAACCCAGUGAUUAAAUAGACUCAAAUAACAUAUUCAUCAACCAUCAAGAGUAUACUGAAAUCUAAGAAAAGCCAAGCAGUUCUAAACAAAGAGCCAAUUUCCUUAGUGAAAAAAACAGUGACGAGCAAGACCAAGAAAAUUUUAGCGAUAUAGAAAGUGUUAGCUCCAAUCCAAACAAUACAAAAAGUUAUAUUUCUUCUCAAGACGAUAUUGAUGAUUUAUUGAGAUUAGAUGAUAUAGAUCUGAACGAUUUUUCAGAUGUUUACUGCAAAUAGCAUAAUUAAAACAAUAGUUAAAAUAUCGACUAACCAUAAGAAAACAAAUGA